AAAUAACUCCUUUAUUCAUAAAUUCACAUAUGUCUAAUAAAGAAGAAACUACAGUUGACACUUCAUCACCUACCACGGCCAGCGAGAUGGUAACAGAUCAGGCUAAUACAGACUCGUCUCCAUCUCCAGUAAAAGAGCGCAAGCAAUCUGCUUACUCAUUCCGCUUUAUGGAGUCCGAAAAAGAAAGCGAGUCUGACAAAGACCUUAUUAUUCAUUCUUUAAACGAGUCGCUUCAUAUUCACAAAGAAAUACUAGAACGAAUUCAAAGUGAAAAAGAAAGCUAUCAACAACAAAUUGAACAAGAACGCGAACAAGAAAAGCAAAAAAUGGAAGAUUGGCGACAAACAGCGGAAUAUGCUUUGGAAGAACAAAAUAAUUACUGCUUCGAACUUGAACAAGGCAUUGAGAAACUUCGAAAAGAGCUGGAAGCCAAAAAAGAAGAUUACAGAAAACUGGAAAUUAAGUUUUACUCGUACGUUAAGCAAAUUCGUGUUACAGAUGACGAUUUGUCUACAAUACAGCCAGAAAUCUCGCAUUUGCUUAGUCAAUUGAAUAACACGUGCAUGGGCCUCAAAUCAAAAAUGAACCGAGAAAAGGGAACUCAAUUUGUAUUUGAGCGAUGGCAAGAUAGAAUUGAUCUUAUCAAGAAGUACAUGAUGCCAGCGGAAGGAAGUGAAUUAUUAGAUACAUCUUAUAUCACUUUCUUUGUGGAAAAAUAUCUUAUUGAGACACUUUUACAUCAUCUUAUGGAUGUUCCUAUUCAUUUGGGUGUCUCUAUCAAUAACGACUUUGAAGCAGUGAAUGAUUGGAUGGCAAGUAGAAACAAAGAAUGGUCUAAUCGCCUAAGACAGCAAGUGUGUGCGCUUGUAAUACAACAACCAGGUGAUGAAGAAGCUCGCAUUACUGAAGCAAAAAACCAGCUAUUACAAGAAAUUGUUGAAACACUUGGCCCAGUCUAUCCUUCACUGAAGCAAGACCCAAAAAAGAUUGAAAAUCUCAUCCAACGAACCUCUAAAUUGAAUUUAGCUGUCAAGGGUCAAGAAAUAAAGAUUGAGCGACUAUCAAUUGAAGAAGGUGUCACCAAGUUUGACUCAGAGUCAAUGAAAGCAACAGUAAAAGGUAAGCCUGAUGGGAUCGUCUUCUUGGCUAUUACGCCUCCUUUUGUUGCCAGAGAUGAAAUAGACAAUGAACAUGGAUUCACUGUACCUGGCAAAGUGUUCUGUAUUGAAGACGAACAACAAAAGGAAGAAGACGAUAAUACAGUCGAAGACAAUAAUACAGUCAAAGACAAUAAAGAUCAAGAAGAAAGCCAAGAUGAAGACCAAGAAAUGAACCAAGUUUCUGAACAACGAAUUGAAGCUAAAGAUAUUGAUAAAGAAACCAUUGAAUAAAAGAUAUUCCUCUUUCUCGAUUCAGAGGAAAAAAA